AUGGAUAGUAGUGAUGAUCAGGAAAUUGAAGGCGUAGCAAAAUUAGUAUCACCAAUAGCAAAGAAUAAACGCGGGAAAAUUGUUGGUUCACGUGAGAGGUCACUCAUUGUCAAUAUGUACAAGGCAAAUAUUCAGAAAGAUCCUGAUAUGUCAAUGAGGCAAAUGAGGACGAUAAUUUCAAAAGUAUUGGGCAUUGGUGAAUCAACAGUACACAGAACCAUCAAUGAAUACAAGAAAACUAAUGCGGUGAAAUCUCCAAAACGAACCAAAGUAAGAACAAAAAUUACAGAAACAUUCGACGAUUUCGCACGGAAUGCAGUCCGUAGGCACGUUCACAGCAUUUGGUUUCGACGCGAAAUCCCUACGUUAGAUAAAAUACACAAAGCUGUGUCCGAUGAUAAUGAUUUGCCAACAGUAUCGCGUAGUACAAUAUUUAAUUUGUUAAAAGAAUUAAAAUUCCGUUACGUGAAGAGAGGUCGUAAUAGUGCUCUAACUGAAAGAACCGAAUUGAUAGUUUGGCGAAGAAACUAUUUGAGAUCAAUUCGUAAAUUUCGUGAGGAGGGUCGUCAUAUUUAUUACUUAGACGAAACCUGGGUGAAUGCUGGUGACUGCCCAAACUACGAAUGGCGUGAUACAACCAUAACCUCCCACCGUGACGCAUUCCUUAAGGGAAUGUCGACCGGUUCCGUAAAUCCGUCUGGAAAAGGCAAGCGUCUUAUUGUACUGCAUAUAGGUUCCGAAGACGGUUUUGUUGACAAUGGGUUAUUGUGUUUCGAAUCCAAGAAGAACACCCGCGAUUACCACGACGAGAUGAAUGGUCAAACAUUUUGCGAGUGGAUGCAAAAUAUUCUACCUCGGUUAAAAGACAACUGUGUUAUUAUUAUGGAUAAUGCAUCGUAUCACUCUGUUAAAUUGGACAAAGCACCAACAUCGUCUACAAAGAAGGCCGAUAUUAUACAGUGGUUGGAGGAUAAAGGGGAAGUGGUGGACAGGACUAUGGUUAUACGAGAGCUUUUACUCGUCGUAAAACAAAUAAAGCCAUUACAUGAAAAAUUUGUUAUUGACGAAAUCGCCAAAGCACAAAAUAAAACCAUUUUACGCUUACCACCAUACCAUUGUGAACUUAAUCCAAUUGAGCUAGCAUGGUCAUCGGUGAAGCAUCAUGUCAGGAUGGAUGAACAAUACUACGUUCAAACUGCCUGA